AUGGAGAAAGCAAAAGAUGAGACCAAAGCUGAGAUAAUCGCUGCCUGUAGAGAUGAUAUGGUGGCUGCCUUUACAAGCUUGAUUCCAACUAUGGUCACAUGGGCGCAACAAAAUCCAAACGCGCCACCAAGUGAUUUUCCCAUGCCCAGCUUCACCGGGAGCAAUGCAAUGAACACUGCAACCAUACCCAUACCUAGUAUGGCAACCGCACCCGCACCUCCUCCAGCACCUGCUCCUGCACCCAGCUCUCACAGUAGCCCUAGCUCCGUCUCUGGCUUGAAUGUCGGGCCGUCAACAUUGGCUGAGCUUGACGCCCUCACGGCCGACUCCACUCAAUGCACCCUCCUUUACGACAUGAAGGGCGGCAGAUGUGCCUUAAGGGUCUCCGUGGCGAGUGUGAAAGCGGGCUACGAGGGUUUCCCUCGUCCAAUACAAACCGAUGGAGAGGAUGACGAGACCCCCACGCAGCUUGGCCAAUGCAAAAAUUGGCCGAUCCUGUGGCCAAAAAAUCUUCUUCGUGUCGAGGUGGCCGGGAGCACACCAACGGGACCACAGGAAGGUAUGACCACACCACCACCUACACAAGUACAACCAUCAUCUGUGCUACCUGAGAUCGAGAGACAUGAGGAAGGAGGGCCAACCGUUCCGGCAGAUGAUGCCAUCUGCCCCAUGGAAGAGGAUAUGGAUCAUGACAUGGAGGUGGCCGAUGACCCUCUCCAGUAUUUCAAUACUGCCUUUGACAACGAAGUAACAAUGAGUCAACCAUAUGAAUAUGAGAUGCAUGUUCAAGAGCCAGAACGUCCUCGGGAGUGCAAGAAGUCUUUGUUCAUGCAAUCCUCGCAGGACACGCCUCCAGAUGCCGGCUCCACCCAAGCUCAACUAAUUAGCCAGAGUCGUCCAAUGUUGAGCCCGACAACACUAGGGGUGGUGCUCAAGGAGGGUCUGACAGACCCACCAGCACCUGAGCCCACCAAGAAGAAGUAG